AUGGCAGAGGAACAACAGCCGCCACCACAGCAGCCUGAUGCCCAUCAGCAGCUUCCCCCCAGCGCCCCCAACUCGGGGGUGGCUCUGCCAGCCCUUGUGCCCGGGCUGCCAGGGACAGAGGCCAGCGCGCUGCAACACAGGAUCAAGAACUCCAUCUGCAAAACUAUACAAUCUAAGGUGGACUGCAUUUUGCAAGAAGUUGAGAAGUUUACAGACCUAGAGAAACUCUACCUCUACCUUCAGCUGCCUUCUGGUCUCAGCAAUGGAGAGAAAAGUGAUCAGAAUGCCAUGUCAUCUAGUCGGGCACAGCAGAUGCAUGCCUUCUCCUGGAUUCGAAAUACCCUAGAGGAGCAUCCUGAGACUUCACUGCCCAAACAGGAAGUCUAUGAUGAGUACAAGAGCUAUUGUGACAAUCUUGGUUACCAUCCAUUAAGUGCUGCUGACUUCGGGAAGAUUAUGAAAAAUGUCUUUCCAAACAUGAAGGCACGUCGUCUGGGCACAAGAGGCAAAUCUAAAUAUCCUUUACCAGUUUGA